CCAGGACCUCCCACCGUGCUGUCCGGCGACUGAUCCAGAGUGCCCCUCCGGCCCCCAGCCAUGAGGCUCUUCCUGUCGCUCCCAGUUUUGGUGGUGGUUCUGGCGAUGGUUUUGGAAGGCCCAGCCCCCACCCAGGCGGCCCCAGAAAUCUCCAGCACUUUGGGGCGCAUCCCGGAUAAACUGAAGGAGUUUGGUAACACCCUGGAGGACAAGGCCCGGGCAGCCAUUGAAAGCAUCAAGCAGAGCGACAUUCCUGCGAAGACCCGGAACUGGUUUUCUGAGACUUUCCACAAAGUGAAGGAGCAGCUCAAAACUGCCUUCUCCUGAACACCAGAAGAGCCGCCCCACUCCUCUGGGCUGUGCGCCCUGGAAGGAGCUCCGAAAUUUCCCAUGCCCUGGCUCCUGUACCAAGGACUUCAUGAUGCCAUAUCCACCCCCACCCUCCAAUAAAAAUCCUGUAGAGAA